UUUGUUGACUUGAAUAAUGUUCAGGUUAUUUCAGUGAAGAUAAUUCGGAACAAGCAGACUGGGCAACCUGAGGGUUAUGGUUUUAUUGAAUUUGGCAACCAUGCUUUAGCUGAACAAGUUCUCCAGAAUUAUAAUGGUCAAAUGAUGCCUAAUGGUAACCAACCUUUCAAAUUGAAUUGGGCUACAAGUGGGGCUGGUGAGAAACGUGGAGAUGAUGGUUCAGAUUAUACUAUAUUUGUUGGGGAUCUAGCCUCGGAUGUUACAGAUUUCAUUCUACAAGAUACGUUCAAGAGUCGUUACCCAUCAGUUAAGGGUGCAAAAGUUGUCUUUGACAGAACUACCGGCCGCUCAAAAGGCUAUGGUUUUGUUAAAUUUGGAGAUUUGGAUGAACAGACACGAGCAAUGACUGAAAUGAAUGGACAAUACUGUUCUAGCAGGCCCAUGCGCCUUGGACCAGCAUCCAACAAGAAGAAUACCGGUGGACAACAACAGCCAUCAAGUGCUACAUACCAGAAUACACAAGGAACUGAUUCUGACAAUGAUCCAAACAAUACUACUGUAUUUGUUGGUGGUCUUGACCCGAGUGUGACUGAUGAGCUUCUGAGGCAAACCUUCAGUCCAUAUGGAGAGCUUCUCUAUGUCAAAAUACCUGUGGGAAAGCGCUGUGGAUUUGUCCAAUAUUCUAACAGGGCAUCAGCUGAGGAGGCCAUAAUGGUGCUAAAUGGAACCCAGUUAGGAGGCCAGAGCGUAAGGCUCUCAUGGGGUCGUAGCCCUGCAAACAAGCAGCCUCAGCAAGAGCAGAAUCAAUGGAGCAGCGGCUACUAUGGGUAUCCCCAAGGAUACGAUCCAUAUGGUUAUGCUCGGCCUCCUCAAGAUCCUGCCAUGUAUGCUUAUACAGCAUAUCCAGGGUAUGGAAAUUACCAGCAGCAGCCACCACAGCAGCCCCCACCACAACAGUAAGAAUAAUGGCUCGGGAGGAUCAUCAUUCGCAAGCUGGCAAUGGAGUAGUUGGGGCAGCAACUUGGGUGCAUUGGCAUGAGAAAUUUUGUGACUGAUGCUUGUGUUAUAUUGCUCCAACGUCCUUGUACACGUAGCCUGUGUUGUAACUUGAGAUUUUGCUGAGGCCUAGAGUGACUAGUGUUUCAGCUGUAACUGGGUCAGACAUUUUUCCACUGUUCAAGAAGUUUUGUCAUGAGGAUUUUAUUGU